ACAACAGCUUAAGGAAGAAAAAAGGAACAAACAGCCUCAAAUGGUACCAUUGGCAAAUGCAGCCCAGCUUCCAACAACAACAACAUCAGACACAAGUAUGCACUUGCCCCCUUUGGCAGUAGAUGAGAGUAUGGUGGCACCAAGAGCAAAUAGUGCAAAUAAUCCCAUGCAUACUUAUAAUCAGCAAUUAUAUAAUAUGUUGAACACAAAUGUACCAAAUUAUACAAAUCCGUUACCACAACAUGGAUAUGGAGGAGAAACCCUAGGAACUACUAGUACUGGUCAAAAUUUGUCUGAUGUUUGUACCGGCAACAAUGGGCUAGGAUAUGGUAGACCAAUUCAACAAGCUCAAAAUGCUUUUCCAAGUCAUUGUAGUAGACCAAUUCAACAAGUUCAAAAUGCUUUUAUCCCAAGACAAGUUGGGGUUCAUCAUUCAACAACUCAAAAUGUUGCUCAUAAUGUUCCAUUACAACAACAAAUAUAUCCACAUAACCAUAUGAUGGAUUUGGUACAGGUUAAGAGAAGAUUGGAACAAAGUGACCAACAUAUGAAUCCAAGUUUCAGCGGUAGACACAUACGAGGAAGAGUAAUUGGACCAAUUAGUACUACGUCAAGUGCUUUAGUUGGCCCAUAUGGUCCCAUAUCAAGUACUAGUUCUGGUACUUUUGUUAACUUGACUGCUGCUACUACUGGGACAAUGGUGAGUCCUAGUGUUAAUGUAAGACAUGUUGAUGAUCGAAGAAAUCAAAGAGCAGCAGCACUUCCUCAAGAUUUCACCAACUACAUUCACACCAAUUUACCAGGUGAACAUAACCAGCCACACUUGGAGAAUAGAGAUGAUACAAACUCCAGAAGAUUUUAGCAAAUUUUACAUUAUUUUGUAAGAUAGUUGCAAAUUCAGCAAAAAAAAAAAGUUGUUUUGAAAUUCUUCCUCCAUUAUCCAUUUGUAAGUUUUCCUAUAAAGUAGUCAUAGAGCUAUCAAAAUGGGCUAGCCCAACCCAACCCAAUCUAGUCCAAGUCUCACGAGCCAAAGAAUAUGAUGGGCUAGAACCGGUUGAUCAUUCACUUUCAAGGGCCUUAAAUGUAUGACUCAACCCAUCCCUAAUAGGGUCACAGGUUGGGGCGAACUACCCUUUAUUUUUAUUAAUUUUUUAUUAGAUUUUCUUUUUCAAUCUAUAUUUGAACUAAUAGAUGUGACAAUUCAUUCACAUUUCUAACCUAUUAUUAUAUGAAGUACAUAAUUCUAUGAUGAUUUAUAUUUUUUUAACAUUAAUACAUUGUCAAACACACUU